GCGAGUCCACGCGUUCGAAAAGUAGGUUAGCAGGCUGGACUGAGAGGGAGGGAGACACACACACACACGCACUUUCACCGUUCAGCAACAACAGUAGGUCUGAGCACGCAGAAACGUGUACUCAACGUGGUGGUCUGUUUAGUUAUUUCUAUUGCAAGCCGCCCAGAGACGUCGAAGAAGUGGAGCGGGUUUUUAAUGCGGUUUUAUUUUAUAUAUACAUAUUUUUUCUUUUCGCAUGAUGUUCUGCAUCGGAGAUGAAACAUUAUAUCGGGUCGGCUAACUACGAAGAUCUGCAGCUUAUUCAAUUUUCCGGUAUCUUGUGGACUUUCAGAAAUCUAUAGAGGAAAGGAAAAAAAAAAAAAAUGAGAGCUCAAAUAGAGGUGAUUCCGUGUAAGAUCUGUGGCGAUAAGUCCUCUGGGAUUCAUUAUGGUGUCAUCACCUGUGAAGGCUGCAAGGGAUUUUUCCGCCGCAGCCAGCAGAACAAUGCUAUGUACUCUUGCUCUCGGCAGAGGAACUGCCUGAUCGAUCGCACCAACCGCAACCGCUGCCAGCACUGUCGCCUCCAGAAGUGUUUGGCACUCGGCAUGAGCCGGGAUGCGGUGAAGUUUGGCCGCAUGUCUAAAAAGCAGCGUGACAGUCUGUACGCGGAGGUACAGCGACACCAGCAGCUGGCACGUGAGCCUGAGGAGGCAGGUGUGGACGGUGGACACAGCCGCUCCUACAGUAGCACAGGCUCCAACACUACCCUCAGCGAUCUAGACGACAUUACAACACUGCCCGACGGCUUGCUUUUUGACUUGCCACUCACGCCAGGGGAAGCAGCGGAAUACUGUGCUCUCGAGCUGUUAGAAGGCGAGGCUAGUAGUGGUACAGGAAGUGCAGUGAGCAGCAGCUCAUCCAAUCAGAGCUCUCCAGAGUCGAGUAUACUGGAUGUGAUGGAAGCAGGCCGGGUGAAGCAUGAAUACCAGCUGCUGCCUGAGCCCAGUCUGCUUACUCACACUCUGCUGGGGGCGCUAUCAGAUGACUGCUCUCUGCUUGAUAUAGAGCGGAUCACUCAGAAUGUGGUGAAGUCGCAUUUAGAGACGUGUCAGUACAGCACAGAGGAGCUCAAGCGACUCACUUUUAACCUGUAUUCACCUGAGGAGACUCGCUCCUUCCAGCUCAAGUCUGCUGAGUGGAUGUGGCAGCAGUGCGCCGUGCACAUCACCAACGCCAUCCAGUAUGUGGUGGAGUUUGCCAAGCGAAUCAGCGGCUUCAUGGACCUCUGCCAAAACGAUCAGAUUAUCCUCCUUAAAGCAGGCUGCUUAGAGGUUCUGCUGAUCCGCAUGUGCCGCGCGUACAACUCCACCAACAACACGAUGUUUUUCGACGGCAAGUUUGCCAGCCCUCAGCUCUUUAAAGCGCUAGGCUGUGACGACCUAGUAAAUGCCAUCUUCGAGUUGGCCAAGAGUCUGUGUCGCCUGCAGCUGAGUGAGGAAGAGAUGGCCCUGUUCAGUGCCGCCAUCUUGCUAUCACCUGAUCGUCCAUGGUUAACAGAGAGUCAGCAGGUGCAAAAGCUGCAGGAGAAGGUUUAUUUGGCCCUGCAGCAGAGCCUGCACAUGGGAGGAUGCGGUCAAGAGAAACUGGACAAGAUGGCAUCCAAGCUGCCACAGAUGAAGUCAAUCUGUAACCUCCACGUCGACAAGCUGGAGUUCUUUCGGAUAGUUCACCCUGAAACGGCCUACAGCUUCCCUCCUCUUUACAGGGAAGUGUUUGGUAGUGAGAUCAAUUUCCCGGACUCCACUGACAGUUAAAGGAGGAGAAAAAGAGAGAGAGAAAGAAAGGGGGGUAUAGAUGUUGCGAAAGAGGAAGAGCUAGCUGACUGGUGCAGAAAAAAAAGAUGUGUGAAAGAGAGGAGGAAUUUAAAGAGCAGUGGAGGCCUGAGGUGUGAAAACCUUACAGUGUAAAAAAGAAAUCGAAACCUGAAAAAAAAAAAAAAAAGAGCUCUUAGCAGCCCAGACAAUCAGGCGUUUUUAGUUUUUAGUACACGUGUACAAAGAGUACCACAAAUUACUCCUCUCUACACACAUGACACACUCCUUUAAAAAAAAAAAAAGGCCAUUAGUAUGACACCUGAAAGCACUUUUGUAUUACUUAGGAAUAUCUACUACGACAGAGGUUCAUAAUCCCGUUCUCAGGGAUCCUCUGGCAGUUUUAAAUUCUAAUUGUUUUCUCAAUGUCUCCAGAUUAUUGUGAUCACCCAGCUCAGGUGCGGUAACAUCUGGAACAAAAACAAAGUUCUUUCCCCCCUUUACGCAAAACUCUGUGAAGUAUGUAUGUGAAUUAUGAAUGUAUGUCCCUAGAACAGCACUUGCCAUUUGACCGAAUGUACAUACUGCACUUUGGUUCGCAGAAACGCGUUACCAAAACCCAGGUCGGUUACACGUGAUGUGACAAUCGAGAAUAAGAAGAUGUUAAGUAGUGUAAAAGGACCAACCUCCAAUAUUAACUCAUGCGUGUGCUGGUAGGGCUGGGCGAUAUGAUGAUAUAAGUUUGAUAUCAUGAUGAAUUCUGUCUGAUUAUGGCGUUCUGAAUAUCAGAACUGUAUUAAGGUACAAAGCGUUUAUUUUUCUAGUCGCACACAUCGUUUGAGAGUUUGGUUACGAGUGUGUCACGAUGCGAUUUCAGUUAAAUACAUUUUUACAUUCAAAUUAUUCAAGUUUAGUAGACUAUUCAUCAUAAAUGUCUGCUUACUGUAUAUCACAUGAGCUGUAAUAAUGAAAAAUGAAGCUCACACUCUGACUGGAAAUGUAACUACCUCUCUAUUGCAAACCUGUUGGAGUUGUGUGCUGGAUUUCUCACAUUAACAUGCUGGCAUACUAACUUUAGGCUGGUACUGUAUCUUUGAGUUAACCCAAGCUAAAAAUAAACUUAAUGAUAAUUGGUAAAUUCAUAUUUAAUAGUGGCAACACAUCUAGGGCUACAGAGAACUGCUUGAUUCUGAGAGGAUAUACGCUGCUACUCACACAAUUGCCCUCGUCAUUAUUGAUCGUGAUCUUUAUAUAAUCAUUAUAGUAAUCAUGUUUUUACAAUGACGAGCACAUGAAUCAACUCAGAAUGAAAACCUAAAGCAGAUGUACACACAAUGCCGGUUUUUGCUGCAUCGAAAAUGUAUCUCAUCAUGACACCAUCGUAUUCGAUUGUUUUCAUUAGGAGGCUGUGUAUAGCACCAUCUAGCAAUUCUAAAUACACUGUAUAACCUAAAGUUUUGGGACACUUGACUUUUCCAGCCAUAUUUGGUUUGUUCCCCACACUGUUACCACAAAUGUUAGAGGCACACAGUUGUAUAGGAUGUCUUUAAAUGGCAUCGUGUUGAAGUUUCCAUUCAUUUGAACUAGGAAACACUAGGACUAGGACAAACCUGUUCUAGAAUGACAAUGUGCCGGAAGCCAGCUCCAUGAAGAUAUAGUUUACACAGGUUGCGGUUGAAGAACUUGAAUGGCCUGCUAUAGAGUUCUGACCUCAAACCUCCUGAACACCUUUGGGAUGAAUUGGAACACUGGCUGCACCCUAGGGCUCCUCACUUCACACUAUUUGUGGCUGAAUGACCGCAAAUCUCCACAAGCACACUCAAAAUUCAAACAGAACACAUUCUCAGAAGAGCGAAGAUUAUCAUAACAGCACAUGCAGAUUAAAUGUGGAAUAGGAUGUUCAAAAAGCAAGUAUGAAUCUUUGGUCAGGUGUCCAAAAACCUUUGGCCAUAUUGUGUAUCGUGAUACGGCUAAAGCAUCAUACAUUUGCCAAAUCGCCCAACCCUGCAAGCUGGCAUAGAGUCUAGUGUGCAAUAACAAAAACAAAAAAGUAGCACAUCUGGAAAAGAAGGCUUGUACAAGCUCACACUUCCUCAGGCACUAGUGUUCAGACAGUAUUUUGGUGCUUCUCUUAAGUUAACUUUUUGUGUUUAUUAUAUUAAAUGCAAUGAAAAAACCUCA